CCUCCCGAGCGCGGAGUGCCGCGGCAAUUGGCUGGAUGUGGUACUUGGAGAUGUUGAGCUGGCUCCUUCCCCCCAUGUCCCUGCACACACACAGGGGCGGGUGGUGCGGGCGGGAGCGGGAGGCAGGGCUCAGCCCCGGUGGCGGCGGCGGUGGGGCUUCCCCUACUCGCUGCCUGCCCGCCGCCGUGCCCGAGCCGCUCCUGCUGCUGGGCUGCUGCCUGCGGCCGCAGGACCCGGCCGAGCCGGGCCAAGGGGAGCGCGGGCGGCUGCUGGCGGCGGCCGAGAUGAUGGCGGAGGGCGGCGGCGGGCCGGCGCGCAGGAAGGCGCUGUCGCUGCUGGAGGCGGCCCGAUCCCGCUACGAGAGCUUGCAGAUCUCCGACGACGUCUUCGGGGAGUCGGGCCAGGACAGCAGCGGGAACCCCUUCUACAGCACCUCGGCCGACUCCCGCUCCGCCGCCUCUUCCCAGGACGAGGACGACGACGAGGAAGACCAGGGGCGCCUGGCGGUGUCGAGCCCGCGAAGCAGGGCGGCCCGGCGCCGCGCUCCCCGGGCGGCGGCCACCCCGGCCGAGCGGCGGCGGCAGCGGCCGGUCUGCGGCGGCAGCGCCGUCCCGGGCGGCCCCGGCCCUAUGGAGGAGGAGGAGGAAGAAGCGGAGAAGGGGGGAUGGACCCGGUCGCUGCGAGACGUCCCACCCCCUCAUUUCAAGGAUGGCAGCGGUCCAACACGAAAAAUGCCCCUGACUGCCAGUGCCAUGGACUUUUUUCAGCUCUUUGUUCCUGACAAUGUACUAAAGAAUAUGGUGGUCCAAACCAACAUGUAUGCAAAGAAAUACCAGGAGAGGUUUGGUAGUGACGAUGCCUGGAUUGAUGUCACCUUGACAGAAAUGAAGGCCUUCUUAGGCUACAUGAUAUCAACCAGCAUCCACCACUGUGAGUCUGUUCUCAGCAUCUGGAGCAGUGGCUUCUACAGCAACAAGAGCAUUGCACUUAUCAUGACACAAUCAAGGUUUGAGAAGAUUCUGAAGUACUUCCACAUUGUGGCCUUCCGCUCGAGCCAGACAACGCAUAGCCUCUACAAAAUCCAGCCUUUUCUGGACUCUCUGCAGAAUGGCUUUGACUCUGCUUUCAGACCUUCACAAGCCCAGGUACUACAUGAGCCCCUGAUAGAUGAGGAUCCUGUUUUCAUUGCGACUUGUACAGAGAGGGAGCUGCGCAAGAGGAAAAAGAGGAAAUUCAGUCUUUGGGUUCGGCAGUGCUCAUCCACUGGUUUCAUCUGCCAGAUUUAUGUCCAUCUCAAAGAAGGGAGUGGUGCUGAUGGGUUGGAUGCUUUGAAGAACAAACCACAGCUUCACAGCAUGGUGGCCAAAAGCCUUUGUCAGAAUGCCUCUGGGAAGAACUACAUCAUCUUCACAGGCCCAAGCAUCACCAGCCUGAAUCUCUUUGAAGAAUUUGAGAAGCAAGAGAUUUACUGCUGUGGGUUGCUGAGCACCAGGAAGAGUGACUGCACAGGCCUACCUCCAUCCAUGCUGAACAAUUCUGCAACUCCACAGUCCAGAGGACAGUACAGAAUAAGAAUGAAGGGAAACAUGUCAUUGAUUUGCUGGUACAAUAAAGGGCACUUUCGUUUUCUGACCAAUGCCUAUUCUCCAGUUCAACAAGGAGUUAUAAUUAAGCGAAAAAGCGGAGAAAUUCCAUGCCCACUGGCAGUUGAAGCCUUUGCUGCUCACCUUAGCUAUAUCUGCAAAUAUGAUGAUAAAUACAGCAAGUAUUUCAUUUCUCACAAACCAAACAAGACCUGGCAACAAGUGUUCUGGUUUGCCAUCAGCAUCGCUAUAAAUAACGCCUACAUCCUCUACAAAAUGUCAGAGGCCUACCAUGUGACAAGGUACAGCCGUGCACAGUUUGGUGAAAGACUUGUAAAGGAGCUGCUGGGCUUGGAGGACACCUCACCCACCCAUUGAUGCUUUGCUCUUGGUGGUGUAGGCAGGGGCUGGAGGGAAAGCAGAAGAUACCACACCUGGAGCGGCAAAGCAAGGAACUUGUGACGCCACCGGUGCUGUCAUCCAAAAAUGCCAAGUGAUGCCACUAGAGAGGUGCAAACUUUGUUCCUAGUAUCAGCUGGAUGUAAACAUCUCAUGCAGAAAGUGCCACUGGAAAAGCUGACACAAAAUUCCAUAUGUGAAUGCGAAUGCCCUGUGGGAAUCUGUACACUGAAAACAGACUUAAAUUAGCAUCAUCUCAAUGCUAUUUGUUGAACAGGGUCGUCUUGUAAAGUUCCUCUUGGGCCAAGAGCUUGUCAGAAGCUGGCACAGCUCAGCAGUCCUAGAUGGGCGUUACAGGAAACUCUGCACCUUCCUUGGAGUUACUAAAUUGUCCCUGUGCGGCUGCACCGUGGGCUGAGCGCGGCUGCCGUCCUGCCAGACGUCGCUGCUGUCCUCCACUGGGACAGGCACAGCAGGGACACUGCAGCAGGCAUCUGGACAAACACCACCUUCACAGGCAGGCAGCCAGGAACUGAGAACCACUCAUGAUUUCUUUCUGUGGUUUUUUCCCCCUUUGUUUUUAUUAAUGUAACAUAAAACAAUUUGAUCCCAGUUAGAACACAGGAAAAGUAGGAGAAACCAAGUACAUUAGUUAAUUUAAAAUGACAAAUACAUUACACUGAUUUUCUUUUUUAACCACGAUGAAACAUUUUUUUACACAAACAGUGAUUAAUACCGUAAGUAUUAAUUACUGUUAAUUACUGUAAUUAACAGUGAGUAAACCAGUAAGUAAUACUGCCUCACAUCUUAACUGCCACGGUCAGUGUACAGGUGAGAAAUCAAAAUAUACCAACUAUAUUUUUUCUCGAUUUCAACUGUAUCUUAGAUGUUGCUUAAAAAGCUAAUGUAAUGGACUGUUAAAGUUUUAAGAACAAUAAUUUAUUGCUUUUUCUUUGAUAACUGUCAAGACCUUUUUGGCCAACUUUAGAAUUUUGUUUGGCACACAGUUGGCAGGAAAAAAAAGUCACUAAUAGCCAAGUGUUUCCCAUUAUUACUGUGGGGUGUUCUGUAGGAAUUCUUUUUGGUAGAGUUCAGGGCUUAUCACAGUAGUUGUAAUUAAGCAGAUUACAUGUGUAGCAAAAUAACGUAGCAUUGUGUCUUAGAAAAGGAACGAAGUCCAGUUUCAACCAACCUUAAGCCUUGCUAAAACAGAGCAAGCCCAAAGAGUUCUUCUGUUCUGAGUGACAUUGUAGAGGACAUCGUGAGCUAGUGGUCAAGGCCAUGUUUUAGUGCUCGUGGAAUCUGAAUGCCACUGGAGUUUCAGAAAACAGUGCCAAGAGAGAGGUAUGAUUGAAACACGGGAAUCAAUACUGAGGGGAACUACUGCCCUCUUACACUGUAUUGAUUUCAGUCAACAACUCAAUCAUCAAAAAACUCUGUAUUCUGAAGGUUAGCAGUGAUGGGCACAAACAGAAUUGCAUUAACUUACAGGGCAGAAAAACAUGUUGAUUAGAGGACCCCAAGCCUGAAAAGUUUUAUUCCCAAAGAAUGACUCAAGUUGAUUCAAGAGGAAUGCAGUGAAUGACUGAUUUAUCAGUGUAAAUCUUACCAGGUUACAUGUAUCUAUCGGAUAAGAGGCAGUAGAGGGUAACCAACAUAAAUUUGGAAACUCCUCAGAUUUCAUCAUUCUGUGACAUGCAAAUGCAUAGCAUGUAAAUAAUAACAGAGGAAGAAUCCAGCAAGGGUUAGUAAGUGAAUGACUAGCCCGUGGAGUAUCCUUGCACCGAAACCUUUCUGUUUCCACCAAAGUCUUACUGUUUAGCAUAGUUCUAGAGGCAGAUCUCACCUGGUUGCAAGGAGAGAAGGGGAUGGCCAUGGUGGUUCUGCUUGUGCUACAGCCUGGAGCCUGUCCCACACAUCCUGCUCUGCCUGCCAGCUGCACAAUGAACAGCAGUGGGAUUCCUAAGCAUCUUUUUCACUUCUCAGUCCAUAAGGUCUCCACACCGGAAACACGGGAGAAAGGACAAAACUUUGUGCACUGAGGCCUCCUAACCACAAAAGAAGGGGGUGAGUUUGAACCACUCUAGCCCUUGACAGUGUCAAGCUCCACAGGAACCCAAGGAUGAGUUCAAACUUUCUUGACCCUGCAGAGAACUGAUACCACCCCUCUUCAGACUGAGUGUGUUUGACAGCUGAUUAUUGUCAGCCUUGAAAGUAUUCAAAGGGAGACAGCAGCUAGCCUGAAGCAUGAAAAAUAAAUGUUCAGCAAUAUAAACCUAUAUUUUAUUUUCUUUCAGGAAAUUUCACAGAGUGUUCUUAUUGCUCCCUACUUCAGACAAUGCCAGCCUAUAUUGGAUCAGGAAGUGUAGCUACUAAAUCAUUAUAAUCCCAUAAAUUUAUAUGGUAGUUGAAACUAGGGCAGUAAGGGAAAGUUUGGCUGGAACUUUACUGAUGGAAUGGCUUAAAUGAAAAGUCCAGCUUCCUUACACUCCCAUGCCAUGCUGGGCUAUGUGCAGGAUACCCACACCCCCAGCAGACAUGGGAUGGUUUCCAAGACCACCUUGGAGCCACUUGGCAUUUCUGAGGAGUAGGCAGACCACUUUCCAGAUACAUUGUAAGCCCCUGGCCAAUAGUUACAUAACUAUGGAUGCUUAAAGGCCUGGAUCUAGGCCAUCCCUUACAGAAAAUGCCUUUUCUUUUUUUGGAUAACUGUAGGUCUGAGGCCUUGAAAUAUUUAAUUUUUCACCAAUGUAUGCAGUUAAUUAUGCGGAUUACUUGAGCUCAAAUCAUGAGAUCCUAGCUUUUUGCCUCAGGGACUAGGUCCUGAGUAGUUUUCCCUAGAAUUGGUGUUGAUGGGGGAUUACACAGUGGCUGACUAUUACAGGGAAGAUGCUUUAGUCUCCUUGGUAAAGGAGAAAAAUUAAAACAAAAUUAUAGCUUUGCAAUGAAUUUCAUUUUCUUAGCCUUAAACAUCCCUCAUCAUUUGGAACUGUUGUUCUUAUCAUGCACAAACAUUCCAUAAGUAAGCAAAAAUAUUUAUAUAUAUUUGUAUGUACAAAAUGCCUGAAUUUUGGCUCUCGAAGCCAACAAGCAAAAGCCACCAAAGUGUAGUCUAUAUCUACAGAUUACUCUUCCCCCUCAUCUUUUCCUUUUAUUGACUGGAAGUGGAUAGGGUUGGGGAAAGUUAAAAUUUCUCCUUGUUGAAAAAGCAUCUUGCACUUUUUCUGUUACUACAACCAAGGCAAAGUAAUUAAGGAAGAUAUAGGCUAAUUUUUUUUAAAAGGCUAAAGUUUGUCAACUGCAGCUCAGCCUGUGCAGGAUUAUUUCCUUUACUGUAAACUGGCUUACUCAGAUUUGGUUCCCCACCUGCUUGUAACAUUAAAGCCUCUCCCUGAUUAAAGGGGGGAAAAAAUCUCAAAGUAGUGCAAGGAUGCUCGUUAUAGUGUGUGUGUGUCUAAUUGUGCAAUAGCUUGUGAAAUUAUAGUUUGUAGCCUUAAGACAAUCUGGUUAAGAGAUCUGAGAACUUAGCAGUAGGUAAAAUGCAGUCAAAAUACCAACCAAGUCACAGAGGAAUGUCUCUGAACUUUUUCAGGAAAAAAAAAAAGAAAUUUGACACUGAAGUAAUGAAGGGAGCACAGCACAGCUCCUUUCUCUCCUACUGAAUUGAAUUUUCACUGACAUUCUAAAAACUGAUACUUACUUGUUUAGAACUGUACUUCUAAAAACUGAUAAUUACUUGUUCAUGGUAUGCAAACUUUAUUUCAAUGAACCGAGACCAUCAGUAAGACACCGACCACCUUCUAUGCACCGUACUUUCAGGAAAUGUCUGUUGUGCCAUGAUCCAUUCUUGGAAAACAUUUCUUUUCCCAGUGUGUAAUACCACACUUCCCAGAGCUUAGAAGCUACUGGGAAGUGGUUUCCACUGUUGUCUCCGUUGAAAAAUGCUUCAAGGGCUUGCAGGAAUUCUGCCACUUUUUACUUCAGUCCAUCUGUACACUUGACAAUAGGGCACAAUUUAAAGAAAUCUCAUCUCCAUUUUCUGUUUCUAUUCUCUAUCCCCAACCUUUCUAUAUACAAGUAGUCUAGGAAUCAUAAUUUAUAGAAGUACAACUUUGUUUUCUUCAGGUAAUUUCUAGAGAAAAUUGAAUUUAGCAACUCAAAAACAGCAUUCCUGUUCUUUACCUCCAGAUAUAUUUCUGUGGCCUUUUUUUUUUCCAAAUAAAAAUACCUUUCUUUCUAACAGUUAUUUAGAAGUCUGUCUUGAGCUAGUGAGUAGUGAAAGAAGCCUCCAGUAUCUCAUUCUUCCAUGCCUUAGUCCUGUUGUGGUAGAGCUGAUUCCACUGAAGGGGGGGAUUGGGGGAUUAUGCUGCUCUGAUAAUUCUGUGCAUCUCUGGUACUUUCCAAGCAAGGAUUGCAAAGUGCUGUAACAACCUCAGCACUCACAAAACAUCAUUAGCUUAUCAAAGCUUUUCCUUUCCUACCAAACACCAAGGCACAGCACAGAUAAGGGGGGUGAUGAAACUGUAAAGUGGAGUUUGCACUCCUGCUGAUUAAGGCCCUGUUCUGUGUUUUCUGUGACUUGGUUCUUGUUCAAAAGCACUUUUCCUAACUAGAAAUGGAAGUAUGCCAAAUACCAUUUCCCCCUAAGUACGGGCUGUGGGACUUAGCACAGGCUGGCAUAAGUUAAAACUAAAUUGCACUAAAGGUAAGAGAAAAUUUGAUAAAAUGUAGGAGCCCAACAAGCCCAGAGGAACUUAGAAGAGAUAUAUGGAAACUCUGAAGCUCUGCAAUAGUCCAGUAAACUCGGUGUAAUAAUUACUGAGUUAAGAAAAGUCACUGAGGCUUAGAUGGAAUAUGAAAUCUUCCAUCCACCUCUGUUACAGAGUUUGCCAUGGCACUUCCUUUGCAUUGGAUUGAUGCAAGAUUGGUUGGUUGUAAAACAAGCUCAUCUCAGUCUGGCUGAGAAAAACAUUGGAGUAUUGAAGACCUGUUCACAGUUUCACAAGGGCAAGGAACUCUAAACUCAAAACAGGUAUAUAUUUGGCCUGCUGUUAACUAGGAUACUUGUACCAACACAUCACAUGAUCUACUCUAAAGCAAGCCUGUCAUCAGUGCUACUUGAUAUGUAUUAAUUCUUGUCACAAUUCUUCCUAAACUUACCUUUGUUUCCAGAAGCAUCAUGAACUGAAAGUACCUUCAUAUCAUCACCUCACUGUUGGGAAACAGUUGAGAACAGCUGUGCUUUGUAAAAAGGAUUUCUUCCUCUUCUUCCUGAGUGACAGCUUUGCCUCUCUGGAAAUCUAACCCUGGAGAAGUUUCCUGCCCCACACUUUGCUUUACUUCCCUCAUUCCUUGCAUUUAGAGCACAUCCAAAGCAUCCUGCAGGUUCUCGGUCAGUCUGGAAGGGUUGACAACACAGAGUUGGCCCUUCAGUUUACUUCUGUAGCGUUGCUCUGCUGGUCCUUUCUGCUAUUUUGCAGAUCUCAGAUGAAACAGGGUAUUGUUUCUGUAGGCUGUUCUGAUUGCAAUCACUGUGAAGGUGUUGUCUGCUUUGCCCCAUUAGUGCUGUCCCAGCAGGUCUGGAUGGACCCCAAAGAGGUUUCAGCAGCACCACACCCACUGCUCCAACUGGCAUGGCUGUAAUAUUCCUCAGCUCUGCAUUGCUGUCAUAGAGAGACCUUUGACAGGGUCUGGGGAUUUUCUUUGUGUUUUGCUUUGUUUUUGAAGCCCUUUCACUCUGAUGGGUUUGGUGAACAGCUGUUAGGUAUCACUAAAAGGCCUUAAGUGGUAAAUCCCUUUUGUAUCACUCUCUUGAAGUAAUAAUUGCUUGUAUGGGAUGUCAGGGUGGUCCAUGUGAUGUGUAGUGCAAAAACCUGACCCAGGAAAGCAUCAUUUGCUGUACCUGAACAACCUUGGAUGACUGUUGUGCUGUGCUGUAGGACCAUGAUGUGUAGGACCUGACCGGGGAAAAAACCUGGGGAGACACAAGAUCACAAUUUGUAGUCCAAGCUACAAAUUGUAGCUCCUUGGACACGCAGAUUUCAUAGUCAAGCUGGUCUCAGAAGUUUUUCUAGGAAAGGGAAAAUUCCAGGCCUAUGCAGUUUGCUCCCAGCCCUUGCAACGCUGUUUCUAAAAUAAACACUCUGGCAAAUGCUUUCAUACUUCAAGUAUUUACAGUGUGCUCUGGCCUUCAGAGCCUUUUGACCUAUUUCCACUAGUUCCCCCCAAAAAGCCUAGAAAUUUAAAAGCAAAGCACAGCGCACUAGGUUCAGCUGUCCAGAGCCCCAACCCACUUGUGUCAAAGUAACUCUGUGGUCUUGUUCUCAAAUAAUCUGUGUCAAGGCAUUUGCAAAAUGUGACUGCUGAACAAUUUGCAUGUCUCUGUGAACAUAGUUGCUCAUUUGAUGGAAAACAGUUUGCAGGUCUCUCGGACUUAUUUUGCAACCUGGAUUUUUCUUCUAGAUACAAACCAAAUAUUUGCCUGGCAUUUCAGUACUGAAAUAAAAAAAUAGCUUGAUCCCAUGGUCUGGGGGUGAUAUCAGAGAUAACAAAACUCAGGUUUAUGCCAGCAAUUAAUCUGGUCCUGUGAAGGUGUGGCUAAUCAGCAUGGAGGGAUGUAGGCACAGACACGAGGUGACAGUGAGUUUGAGAAGGCAGAGGAAAGUUCAGAGGAUGGAGAGAGAGGAGCCAGGUGAUCCCAUCUAACUCUCAUCAUUCCAGCAUGUAUACCCCCCUCUCCUGCUGCCUUUGAAUUAAAAGAAAAGGCUGAUGUUUAAUAUAAGCAGUCUGCACAGCUGAUUGAGUAACACAAACCCUGCUUUAGCUGCAUCCCUGGCCUCACUCCAUGCCUUUCCUUAGGCUAUACGUGUUCAGUAGUCAUCAGCCUUGGAGUCACAGCACUGCUGCAUGUCAGCACAGCAUGGAAGCUACAGACUGUGGAAGCACCACAGUAGAAACAGGAACAAUGGGGAUUCCAGAGAAGGAGCCUCCCCAUUGACAUUUUGUUUUCAUUUAUUUUUCAAUGUGUGCAACUUACAUUCCAUCAAAUGCAGUGACAGUUCCAAUUGCAAAGAUGGGCCUUAGCUGGCUGAGUGCUUUCAAGACCACUGGGCUGUGCUCACACCAUCAGCAACUGCGGUUCUGUUGCAAAGUUCCAUAUUCUUUAUAAUUCUAAAGAUUUCUGUUGAAAGCAUAAAUUAUAGAGGUAAAAUAUACACUGCAAAUUACUUUUCUUUUUCUUUUUAAAAACCUUCUCAGACCAAUUUUAUAACAGCCAAGUCUUUCAGGAAAUGCAGGUGUGUGACCUCUUCACAGUAAGAGACACACAGCUGUGUUUCUGCAUGGGACAGGGAACUACUUUUGUGACACCAGUUUUGUUCUACACAAAGGCACGCUUGCAAUAAAUUUUUACAAAUUUUGUACACCAUAAGCUGAAUUCCAAGUUCCAAAAAUGUGAAGUGUGGCAACAAUAACAAAAUUUAUUUAUAGUAUCACUCUGAUAUCUUGUCAUGUGAUUUUAUUUCUUCAACAAAGUUUGUUUACAAUCAACAACUUUGAAAUACAGUCAGAUAUAUUA